UUUACUUGAAAUGUUUAAAAAAUAUCGAGGUGGUUUAGGGCCCUUUAAAAGGCCCGGUACACAGUUCCUCGAAUCGUCCCGUACAGGUAACAGGAGGGCGUCAUCGCGGAACACGAAAGAUGUUCGCAAAUUCAGACUACGCUAACGUGACGACAGCAGCGCCCUCUUCCGGUGGAAGCGAUCCCAUGGGGAACAUGUUCGUGUUCACCAAUGUCGCCCCAGGCAUUGCAGGCAUCGCCUUCCCAUUGUGCGUGGUCGUGUGCUGCCUGUGCUGGUGCAGGCGCCGCUGCGCCAACAAUAAGCCUGCACCGCCACCACCGCCGCCACAGCGCCAGACCGCUGCCGUGGUCGUGUAUCGCCAACCACCCAGUCCUCCACCACAGCGGCAAUUGUACGCCAUGAGGACGGUCACUGUUACCACCUUACAGACCGCAGAGGAGCCAGGAAUGGCACGCGUCGCCGCCAGCACGCUACGACAAGUCGAAAUCGUGGGCUGACGUCGGGCUAACACGCUCGAAGCACAUCUGCGAUGCACUUUGCGCCCUACUCAAAAGAGUCUUGAGUCGACAGUGCCGCUCCUCGACUGUAUUGUCCCCGGAUUGUAGAACGUCCCGCCAUU